AUGGACUACGAGGCGCUAAAGGAGCAAUGGAGCGACAUCGAGGACCAGGAUGGCGUUAGGCUCAGCUGGAACACCUUCCCCAGCUCGCGCAUGGAAGCUUCGCGGCUCGUUGUGCCAAUCGGAGCUCUCUACACGCCGCUGAAGGAGAAGCCCGACACUCCGCUGCUCCAAUAUGAGCCCGUCUCCUGCAAGGCUCCAUGCCGUGCCGUCCUGAACCCGUUCUGCCAGGUCGACAUGCGCGCCAGGAUAUGGAUAUGCCCCUUCUGUCUUCAGCGCAAUGCCCUUCCUCCUCACUAUAAGGACAUCUCCGACCAGGCCAUCCCGCCCGAGCUCCACCCCCAGAACACUACCAUUGAGUACCGUCUUGCUCGCCCCGCCCCGUCGCCGCCCAUCUUCGUUUUCGUUGUCGAUACCUGCCAGGAGGAGGACAGCCUGAAGGCAUUGAAGGACUCGAUUAUCAUGAGCUUGAGCCUGCUGCCGCCGUGGGCUCUUGUUGGUCUGAUUACCUACGGUACCACCACUCAGGUCCACGAGCUUGGCUACACGGAGUGCGCCAAGUCGUACGUCUUCCGUGGCAGCAAGGACUAUGCCGCAAAGCAGGUCCAGGAGAUGCUUGGCCUAAUGGCCCCGGGUCUCCGGCCGGGAAUGCAGCCCCAGCCUGGUCGCGCUCCCCCGCCAAUGGGCCCUGCCGCUCGUUUCCUGCUCCCGGUCCAGCAGUGCGAGUUCCAGUUGACCAAUGCCCUCGAGCAGCUCCAGAAGGACCCUUGGCCGGUUGCGAAUGACAAGCGUGCGCUGCGCUGCACUGGUGUCGCUCUAAGUGUUGCUACUGGCCUUCUGGAGACUUCCUUCCAGAACUCCGGUGGCAGAAUCAUGCUCUUCACCGGCGGUGCUUGCACUGAGGGCCCUGGCAUGGUCGUCGGCCCUGAGCUGAGGGAGCCCAUCCGUUCCCACCACGACAUUGACCGCGACAACAUCAAGUACUACAAGAAGGCGCUGAAGUUCUACGAUGCACUCGCCAAGAGGACCGCCCACAACGGCCACAUCAUCGAUAUCUUCGCCGGCUGCCUGGAUCAAGUUGGUCUGCUCGAAAUGAAGGGAUUGUCGAACUCCACUGGUGGCCACAUGAUUUUGACCGACAGCUUUACUUCCUCGAUGUUCAAGCAGUCGUUCGCGCGCGUGUUCGACAAGGACGGCGAUGACAACCUUCUUAUGGGUUUCAAUGCCUCGCUCGAGGUGCUCACCACCAAGGAGCUCAAGGUCACCGGUCUGAUUGGUCACGCUGUGUCCUUGAACAAGAAGUCUGCAUCCGUGGGCGAGACUGAGUGCGGCAUUGGCAACACGUGCUCGUGGAAGAUGUGCGGUAUCGACCCGGGCUCGAGUUACGGCAUUUACUUCGAGAUUGCCAGCCAGGGUGGUCCUAGUCAGAUGCAGCAGGGCCCGCAGAAGGGUAUGAUGCAGUUCUUGACUUACUACCAGCACUCGUCUGGUCAGUACCACCUCAGAGUUACCACGGUUGCUCGCAACUUGAGCGGACCUUCUGGCGACCCUGCCAUUGCCCAGUCUUUCGACCAGGAAGCCGCCGCUGUCCUCAUGUCCAGAAUAGCCGUCUUCAAGGCUGAGGUUGAUGACGGACCGGAUGUCCUCCGCUGGGUUGACCGCAUGCUCAUCAGGCUCUGCUCCCGCUUUGCUGAAUACCGCAAGGACGACCCCUCUUCAUUCAGACUUGAGAAGAACUUCACCUUAUACCCCCAGUUCAUGUUCCACCUUCGCCGCAGUCAGUUCUUGCAAGUCUUCAACAACUCUCCUGAUGAAACCGCUUUCUACCGCCACGUCCUGAACCAUGAGGACGUCAGCAACUCUCUCAUUAUGAUUCAGCCUACGCUCGACUCAUACGGUUUCGACCACGAGGGCGGCCAGCCCGUGCUCCUCGAUUCUGCAUCCAUCCAGCCCGAGACAAUCCUGCUUCUCGAUACCUUCUUCCACAUUCUCAUCUUCCACGGAGAGACCAUGGCUGAGUGGAGAAAGGCCGGUUACCAAGAACAAGAGGGCUACGAGAACUUCCGUGCUCUUCUUGAGGCACCCAAGGAGGAUGCCAAGGAGCUUAUUCAAGACCGCUUCCCGCUGCCUCGUUUCAUUGUCUGCGACGCUGGUGGUUCUCAAGCCCGUUUCCUGCUGUCUAAGCUCAACCCUAGCACUACCCACACCACCGGUUCGUACGGUGGCGUUGCGCAGACGGCGCAGACCAUUUUUACGGACGAUGUCUCGUUGCAAACGUUCAUGGAUCACUUGAUGAAGCUGGCUGUCUCUGGUACCGGUUAA